GCUCAUCAGGGCUCCUCCUCGCUAUUUAUAACGGCCGGGAGGAGCGAGGACCCGACCCAGCUUCCGCCGCUGCCCCCGCCCCGGGGUGGCAGCCCUGCUGCGGUGACAGCGGGAACGGCGCUGCAGGUCUCCCAGUAGAUGCUCGGUGCACAUCCCAGACCUCCCCUCCACCGUGCCUUGCACUGAGCCUGCCCAGCGAGAGGGGCAUGUCCUGACCUUGGGCUCUGGAGAUGGCAGCCGUCCAGGGCUUUAGGACCACCCACCCCGGUGACCCUGAGCCUGGGGACCUGAUCGAGAUCUUCCGGCCAGCUUACCAGCACUGGGCCCUCUACGUGGGAGACGGGUAUGUCAUCAACGUGACGCCUGAAGAUGAAGGGCCCCCAGCCACGUUCUCCAGUGUGAAGUCAGUGUUCAGCAGGAAGGCCCGGGUGAGGAUGCAGCUCCUGAAGGAUGUGGUGGGAAAUGAUACCUACCACGUCAACAACAAGUAUGACGGCACCUAUGCUCCCCUCCCCGUGGAGGAGAUCAUCCGGCGUGCUGAGUACCUCAUUGACCAGGAGGUGUCUUAUGACCUGCUCAGCAACAACUGUGAGCACUUCGUGACGCUGCUCCGCUAUGGCGAGGGUGUCUCUAGCCAGGCCAACAGAGCAAUCAGUGCCAUCGGGUUUGUGACAGCUGCUGCUGGUGCCUUCUCCUUGUUGGGCUUGCUUCGGAGCAGAUCCAGAGAGAGACAGUAUUGAUGGGCCAUUGGGAUGAGCUCAGAGCAGGGCAGAGGCCCUGCCUGGGUUACUUGGAACAGUUUGUGGCCACAGCUGCCACUAAGAUUUACUACCAACUGUGUCCCCUUGCUGAGAGCAGCACUAGUCUCUUUUCCACAUCAGCUUUUAUUUCAUUGCCUGUGAUGAUUUUUGUAGUAGUCUAGGAGUGUCUGCAAGCAAAUUCUCCUCAUGCACCCAGUGCUCUGCUGAGGAAUGGUGCAGGCUUUCUACCCACAUCAUAGAGUAGUUAGGUCAUACCCUGC